AUGGCCAAGAUGGACCCCAAGACCAUGCGGGACAUCACCUUGGUGGUGGAGAUGCAAGACAACUUUCAGAUCAUGUCGGACCAGAUCAUCGGAAGGAUCAAUGACAUGAGCAGUCGCAUUGGUGAUCUGAAGAAAAACAUCGCUGACCUCAUGACCCAGGCUCCAGUGGAAGAACUGGAAGGUGAAAACAAAAUUGCUACUGCGCAGGAGAGUUGA